AACUAGCCGUUAGCACCUUAGCUUGUCAUCAACUGAAAAACUUUUUGUGUGUGUUUUUCCCUUCUUCUCUGUCUGUAGACUGUAGCAAUUCAUGAAAACGACCAAAAAAUCUCUACCUCAACCUAAUCCUUCUCUCUCACAGAUCCUGACAAAGUCUCCAUUCUGAGAGGAAGAAGAGAUGAAGGCGAUGAUGAAAGGAAAGCUGCUGAAGAAACUGAAGACGGUGAAGGCGAUCGGCUACCUAAAGCCCGACAGAAUUCUUCAGGUGAAUGCAUUAGACGGUUACUUAUACACUCGCGCCCCCUUGGCCGCCAUUGAAGAGUGCCCUAAUCAUACCGCUCAAGAGCCAGAGAUCAUCGAUGUAAGGGAGCUGAUGAAGGACCUCCGAGAUGAAGAAACGGAAUCCGAUGAUAAAGAGAAUGUCAGGCCGGAGAUGAAUGAAAACGAGAUCGCCGUUGAAUCGAAGAUAAAAGACGAGAGUGCCGCUGUUCCUUUGCCCGAGAUCGAUGUAACGUCGUUUAGGCGGCCGGAUCUGAACUCGGGGAGCCUCUUCGAUCCGAAGCUCCUCGCCGCGUUCGAGCAGGCGGUGAUGGAGGUCAAGGCACGUGAGGCGGAGAGGAGAUCGCGAAUCGAGGAAGAGAUCAACGAAUUACCGCCCUCGAAGUCGCGGAGGAUCGAUCAAGCGCCCGAUCCGCUGACCGAAUUCGAGGAGAGGUGCCCGCCGGGAGGGAGCGGCACCGUCGUGCUCUACACGACGGGGCUACGAGGGAUCCGGAAGACGUUCGAGGACUGCCAGAAGGUCAGAUCGCUGCUGGAGAAUCUGAGGAUACUCUUCUUCGAGAGAGACGUGUCUAUGCACGCCGAGUAUAGGGAGGAGAUGUGGAGGAUUUUGGGCGGGAAAAUCGCGCCGCCGAGACUGUUUAUCAAGGGGAGGUACGUCGGCGGGGCGGAGGAGGUGAUCGGGCUGCACGAGCAGGGGAGGCUGAAGCCGCUGAUACAGGGGAUUCCGAUCGAUCGGAACGGAGGGUGUUGUGAAGGAUGCGUUGGAUUUAGGUUUAUUGUUUGCUUCAACUGCAACGGCAGCCGGAAGAUUCUGCCGGAGGGCGACGGGGACGCGAUCGUCUGCGCCGAGUGUAACGAGAAUGGCCUCAUUGUUUGCCCCUUCUGCUGUUGAAUCCAAACAUCAUUUAUUUAUUUUUGUAUAAUUGGGAUUUUUUGGUUGAUAAUAAGGUCUUGUGUAUUUGAUUGUACUAGGAUGAUUGUAGUUCACAUGCAAUUCAUGUGUAUUUUUUGGUAUUUAUUUCAAGGAAGAGCUACUGUAUUGUUCUUUGUAAAGAAUACUAGAAACAUUAUUUUUAUUAUCUUAUACUUUAUGGUAUAUAACGAAAAUGUAUUGGUGUGGGAAA